GCUCCUCCCUGCACUGGCUGAGUCGCCAGAUUGACAGUUAACUCCGCGCGCGGCGCCUCUUCAGCUAACUUUCCGCGUCUCCGAGCAGCGCUGGAUCUCUAACCCCGCUUCCGGAAGAGCUCGGCUUGGCGAGGGCUCGUCGCACGCUGGGAGUUCGAGCAGCUGAGGCAAUGCGAGUUUAGGAAAACGCGUAAGCGAAGUGAAAAGGCCAAGAGGAAAGGAAAGGGGGGUUGAAGUGUUGUGUUCAUGGCUGCUGGGGAUGGGGCGCAGCUGCCGGCGACACUAGCGGCCAGCAGGAGCGUGGAGAAAGCGCUGGAAGAGGCAGCGGCCAGCGGAGCGCUCGUACUCUCCUGCCGCAAACUCAAGGAGUUUCCCCGCACAGCCAGGAAUUACGACCUGUCCGAUAUCACACACGCAGACCUGUCUAAGAAUCGGCUGUGUGACGUGCCAGAGGAGUUGUGCCAGUUCAUCUCUCUAGAGACACUCAGCAUCUAUCACAACUGUGUGCGCUCGAUACCCUCCACCCUCUGCCAGCUACAGGCUCUCACCUACCUCAACCUCAGUCGCAACCAGCUGACCAGUUUGCCCGCGUCAGUAUGUGAGCUCCCUCUGUUGCGGGUCCUCAACAUCAGCAACAACAAGCUCCCAGUCCUGCCUGCUUCCAUACACAAACUUGCACAUCUCCGGCAACUGGAUGUGAGCUGUAAUGAACUGCAGUGUUUGCCGGUGGAACUGGGUCAGCUGGAGGGUUUACGGGAUCUGAACUUGAGAAGAAAUCAGCUCAUGACCCUGCCAGAGGAGUUGGCCGAGUUGCCACUAGUCCGUCUAGAUGUCUCCUGCAACAGGAUUUCCCACGUCCCCGUAUGCUAUCGGCACUUGCGGCACCUGCAGCUCAUCUCACUCGAUAACAACCCUCUGCAGAUGCCCCCAGCGCAGAUCUGCUCCAAAGGGAAGUUUCAUAUAUUCAAGUAUCUAAACAUGGAGGCAUGCAAAAGGACCCAGGACCAGCUGGAGAGGGCUCUGCGUCCCAGUGGCUUCAGCAGUUGUCUUUCAGAUCAGGAGCUGUUCCCUGGUCAGUAUGGUGGGCUGGACUCUGGCUUCAACAGCGUGGACAGUGGCAGCAAGAGAUGGUCAGGAAAUGAGUCAGCCGACGAUUUUUCGGAGAGAUCUUUGCGCUUGAUGGAAAUGUCCCGUGAGCAGCACAGAGAGGAAGAUGAGAGGAACAUGUCGCCCGAUACACCCAAAGUGAAUGGAGACGUGGAGCAGGUGGAUUUCAUCGACAGCAGUUUAGCAGAAGAAGAUGAGGAACGCUGCAAACCAGACCCUCCUAGUUCUCCACAACCUUCACUUGUACAGGAAAAAACUGAAAGCAGGUCCACGCCCUCACAGAGCCCUGAUUCAUUUGGAAGCAGGAGGAGUGUUGGCAGUGAAUCGGCUGAUGCGAGCUCUCCGCCCAGUCCCACGCUAGAGGAGAAGAAGAGGCCUGGCACACUGCAGCUCUGGCAGGAGAGAGAGCGUGCGCAGCAGCAGCAGCGAGAUCGUAUGCAGAAGACAGCAAUGAAAACAGGAAGUCAGUCAGCAGCAACAGGCAAACAGGCAGGAACAGGAAGUGUCUCGUGUGGUGACUCUACAGAGAGCAGCGCUGCUGUUAACGGCCUCCGCCAAAGAUCUGUUACUGUGGAUCAGAUUUAUCCGGUCUCCCUCCAAUAUUCAACCAGUCGCACAGAUACAAAGCCAUGUUCUCCCACUGGCAGCACUCCUAAACCUAACAGCUUCCUCUUCCGCGCUUCUUCACGUUGCAAUGUCAAGACUUCAGGAUCAAUGCAGUCUCUGGCCGAGUCGGGUCGCAGUGAGUCACGAUCCACGCUCAAAUCCCCACGAGAGGAGAGAGCAGAGAUCUCCCAGUUACGCAAGUCUCUGGAGUCUUCUCUGAAGAUCACCCUUCCAGAAGAUCUCGGUGAAGCCUUAUCCAAUGGCACCAUCCUCUGCCAGCUAGCCAAUCACGUACGCCAACGGUCGGUGUCAAUCAUUCACAUCCCCUCCCCUGCUGUGCCGAAACUGAGCGCUGCCAAGUGUCGCCUCAACGUGGAAAACUUUCUCGCUGCCUGUCGCAAGCUGGGCGUCCCCGAGGACUCACUGUGUCCAGCUCAGCUGAUUCUGGAGGAUGAAGGACUGAGCCGCAUCGCUCACACGGUCCAGACUCUGCUAGAGCUGCCUCCAUCCGGACCCCGGCGCGCCUCCCUUCAAAUUUCUCCGCAAAGCACCAACAGCUCAUAACCUUAAAUUCAACUUUAAUACAAGCCAUAACCUCUGAACAUCUCAAGUGUUUUAUUCUAUUAAAGAACGGGGUGCGCACAUGAUUGAGUCCUUGUACAGCUGCUUGGAGGUUUACUUCAGAUUUUCAUUCUGGUCCACUGUGAGUAUUCAGCAGGCAAUUACAAAUAUUACACAAGAUGAAGGAAAAUUAAACAGAGAUGUGAAGCAAGUAAUGCGAGUCUGCCUCUUCCAAAUACAGUAAUUGCCAUACUUCAAGAUGAUGUAUGGUAUGCAAAGUAUUUAUUUGACAGAGAAAUGAGCUUCAUUGCUGGGGUGGUGCUGGUGGAGUUGUUUUGUUGGCGGUUGUUUAUACUUGGAAAAUUAAUUAUGGCUGUAAUCUGGUCUCCAUAACAAUGCAAAGUUAAUUGAUUUUCCACAGGUAAUUACUCUUGCAUAGAGUAGGCAUGGCAGUCUGCAGAUAAGCCUAUAAUCAUUAGAGUGCUAUGAUAAGCUAAACCAAGCUCACAAGCACCAAAAAAAAAAAAAAAAAACAUUACACAGAGAUAACGCAUCUGAGACAGAAUGGAGAACUGCACAGUUUAUUACAUAAGGAAAUGGAUAAUGUAUUUUUUUGCACUCCAAUAUAUUAGAUUUGAAUGAAAUGUAUCAAUUUGCUAAUUGUUAGCUUUAAUUAGGGCCAUUUAUAUCUGUGCUGCAGGAACCACACCAGCAGACAUCACUAGGUGUAUGUAGCUGGAUCAGUCUCAGUGUUUCAGACCGAGCAAGCCUGUGUUUGAUCUUAGUUACAUCAAGCAUCAACAUCAGUAUAAUUUGCGUCCCUCCCUUAUUCAAGCACAGGAUUCAUGUGCAGUCAGCCCCAAUCAAUUCAAUUUAAUUCAGCCUGAUGUGUGUAGUGCUACGUCACAUUCUUGCAAAACAGCUUUACAGAAUUUGGCCUGUAGAUAGAGAUCUCAAAUGAUCAAGCCCGAGGAGGCUCUGGAAAAAACUAAUCCUGAAAAAAAUCUUUGGAAAUGGGAAAAUGAUCUCAAUUUGCUUCACCAUCAAAUUGAGAUGAUGUUUCAUUUUCGAAAGAUUUGCAGUGGCAUCAUCGUAGCCUAUGAGCUUUAUCCAAACUUUUUUUUUUUUUUUAAACGUAAAUGGUGCAAAGGAGAAAUUCAGUGGUUUGCACAUAAUUAUCUUAAAACAUUAUACCACAUACUUUCCUUUUAGGGAAAAAAAAAACUCCUCCACCACCACCCCAAAACAUGAAGAAAACCUUAAAUGGAACUAGACGCAAUGAGAAAAACUGUGUAAGGCUGGUUUGUAUAGAGGUGUAGACUAGUAAAAUCCAACAGCGCUAAAUGUGGUGCAAUGUUCAGCAUGAAACACUGAGAAAUAAGAUUAUUGAGAUUAUCACAGGCCAGUUUUUAGGAUUACAGUGUUUCAGUAAAUGUCAAGAGGGAGUCUCUAUAGAAAUAGUUUUUUGGCAAGUGCAAAUCUUUACAGUUAUCCAUCUGGGACCAUCCGCAGCCACAGAAGGUGAGUCACGAGCACAGAAUUAGAGUCAGGGUAAACUCUCAUACAACUUCUCUGCAUACAGUACAGAAGUGUAUAAACAAAGUGGGUGGGAAAAAAGGAAGAAAAAACAUUUCCGAAACAGCACGUAGUCUAGAAAUAACUUGUCUUUGCAUCGUUUCCUUGUUUCAAGAGGAAUAAUUGACUAGCAAAUAAAGAUGGAUACACUGCCUGGCAGAAAGAAAAAAAAAAAAGGGUUGGCCACUUUUGGCUUUGAUUACAGCAGACAAUGUGCAGUUCAUAUAUGAAAAUGACUCCUCAUGCUCCCAGAACCACUCUUUCACAAUUUGUGUCCUGAAAUAUACCUAUCAUCAGGCAAGAAAACCACUGCAUUGAUGUGAUAACCCAGUCAUACAGCGCAUUCAGGUCAUCAGCUGACUUCAUUUUAUUGCCUGACCAACUAUCUCCUGAGGCUACACAUUUGUAUGGUGGCCACUAUGGGUUCAUCACUUCAUGUGCGUCCCUUCUUACGCUGACGCUCGCAUCACUCUGGAACAGAGUCAGUCUGAACUCAUCAGACCACUUGACCUUUUUUCCACAAACUUUAAUCUGUAUGUUUUCUAGCAAAUUAAAGCCUUUUUCUGAUCAAACAAGUGCUUUUCUCAUGAACAUACAGCUGUUUACUCCCAAUCCUGUGAGUUCUCUUCAUGUUGUAUAUUUGGAAAUUGCUCUUACUAUCACUAUUAAAUGUAGACAUUAUUUCUAUU